CCACUACCCUGGAUUUCCACGACCAUGGUCCAUAGCGGAAGUGCAGAAGCCGACGACCCGAGCACAAGAGACACUGAUGCCGAACUCCAGCGCAGGCUACGGAGUCGACAACGCAGACAAUGGCAAUGUCCGCAAUGUGAUCAGGCCUUCAAGAAACGAGAGCACAUGGUACGACACAUUCGAUCCCAUACAAAGGAGAAGCCAUUUGUCUGCGAUAUUUGCCCAAAAAGCUAUGGGCGCCGAGACUCGUUAAUUCGACACGCACGAACACAUCGUCGCGAGGCAGACAGCCUCGCUUUGACGGCAGGUCCACCGAUACCCUCGCCUCCAGGUACGUCCAAAAGGGACUCGCACCGUUACUCUCUGCAAGCAGCGGCUCUCUGAUAAAAGCCACAGACGCAAAUACCGCAGCUGGCCAACCAUCCCUCAGCCGGCGGUCCGGUAUCCAUGAUGAUGUUUUGUUUGAGAAUGAUCCUCCAGGCGGAUCAGCGCAUUUUGCCGACUUAGUUGGCUCGACGCCCAAUAAUAAUAACCAGCAUAAUCAAUGGACUACUUCCGAGACAGAUAUCCAUCCUGCAGCAUAUCUCUCCCCCUCCAUGGACUCCUCGACGCGAGCGGACGUCGGCUCUCUCGGUACCGAUCAAGCGUCCAAUGCCUUGGGAAGCUGGACAGAUCUGGACUUGUUCGAUUUUGGGGCCAAUGCCUGUGAUCCAUCUUGGCUGGUAGGGGAAAGUUUCGAUAUCAAUGCUCUGACGUCCUCCAUCUCGGCAACGGGUUCGCCAUGGGGAUAUGGCGAAGCUCCAGCAAACGUCGCGCAAACCCAGACAAAGGAAGCUUCGGAUGAGGCUCAUGGCACACACGGGUCGAUCACCGACAACAAUAUCCGAGCUCGAGUACGAAACAGAUGGCACACGCGACCAGUCGUCGAAUCGGCGUAUCCUUACGCACUCAAGAAUUCGGAGAACCUAAAUCAGGUAGACGAGGCAUAUCGAGCCGGUCUUUCAUUUCGACUUCGGCCUUGUCUUCAAGAUGAUGUUCUACCAUCUGCUGACUUUUUGAAUACAUGCAUCAAGCUGUACUUUGCUAAAUUCCAGCCCAUCUUCCCCAUCGUGCACGCGCCCUCGUUUCGACCCUCGUCAGAGAAUGCUCUUCUACUCUUAUCUAUCUGCUCAUUAGGCGCUCUGUUUGUGGGAUCUAGCGUCGCUGCUGCUCGUGGUCGGGCUAUCUUCAUGAAGCUGAACAAGGCAAUUUUGGCAUCGUGGGAAGUCUAUCUCUACCGAGGUGGGCGCGAGGCGUUGGCUGUAGCGCAAGCCGUUGUUCUAGGCCAGACAUUUGGAAUGCUCUCCGGCAAUCCAAACGAUCUGCUUCUGACUGAAAGCUUCCAUGGUACUAUCAUCGCAUGGGCCCGCCAAGCUGGGAUGUUUAAAGUCAAAGAUUCUCUACAGGAGGCCGGCCUUCAGGACCCAGACGAUCUGGAAGCUGCAUGGAGAUCAUGGUCCCAAACAGAGGAAACUGUCCGAGUGCUGGCGGCGUUGCACAUUCAUGACUCGGAGUUCGCAGCUAUUUUUCACCACGAACCAUUCUUACGCCAUGAAACGGGAAGAUUACCGCGUUGUUGCUCAGAUCAGCUGUUCGUUGCCUCUACAGCUGCUCAAUGGCAUCUGAUGAUUAAGUCUCUACACUCUUCUCCGUCUUCAAGCGAGCCACAAGAUCACGCUUCUGUAGGCACGACUGUAUCGUCGAACACCCACGCUUCCAUGAACGCUUACGUCCUGCUUGCCGGCCAUAGCGCGGCGAUACGUGAAGCGCGGUGUGCAACAUUUAAUGAGUCAAUGAUUGGAGACUUUAGACGCCGUUUAACAACCUGGUACGAAGCAUAUCUUCCAAGCAUCCGCCAUCCGAGUCGCGACCCCCACUGCCUCCUGGUGCUCUGGCACGAGGCAUUCAUGUCGCUAUACGUAUCCUUCGACCUGCUUGAGCGUGUGAUAGGUCGCGAGGGACCAUCGAUAAGGGAUGGAGACCUCGCACGUAUCCGCGGUUGGGUGGUUGAGCCGGAGGGACAGAGUUGUGUCAUUCACGCAAUGCUCAUCUACAAGCGCCUACAAGCCCUGCCUAUCAGUACGGAACCAGCUAUCCAUGUCCCAAGGGCGUUGUUCUAUGCAGGACUGGUUGCGUACUGUCAUGCUAAGUUCCGGCCAGCCGAAGCUUCCCACAGCGAUAUUGAUAUUCCUGAACUGCGAUCGAGCGACCUUGGGCUUAUGUCGGCUCGGAACUCGGCGGAGCCAUCCACAACCAACUUUCGCCAAUUCGAUUCGACCACAUUGUAUAAUAUCACUGACCUUCUCUAUCGCCAAGGGCAUUGGGAGCUGUCCCGCAGGUUUGCCUCGAUUCUAGAAGUGCCAAUAGAGGACCUCGCAGACUCCACAGUUAGCAAUCACUAAAUCAAUUAGGAGCUAAAUCGUAAUUACCUUGUUGCUAGCCAACAAAGUCUCCUGGGAAAAGUUAGUCCCACGCUUGUCUGGCUAACCGCUAGCCGGUAUAUUCUAAAAACUCUAAAACCCGCGGUGCUCAACUUGGUCUUCUGAGGCUGCAGCC